GUCUCCAGUGCCCGCGUCCGCACGCUGUGUGACAGUAGCCACGGACAGGGCAUUGGGGGCAGCGAGCAGAAGCCGAUGCAGCAGGGAUGAGAGGUGUGGCAGUGCCUUAGUGAGGCACCAGUGCAGCCGAAGCUCAAAGACAAGAGCGGGAUCUCCCAGGCGUUCCCGCCAGUGUGCAGUAACGGGAGCUCCUGGUGGACAGCUGAAGUGUGCCCUUUGGGUGGCUGGGUGUGGAAGGAACGGACUGCUGGUACCGAAGGCCCGUUCGAGCUGCCUAAUCCAGUUAGGAUAAAUACGAUAAUUUAAAAGGAAAGGCGAAGCAGAUGUAGUUUAAAGGACAGCGGCUUCGAGAGUGUAAAAUAUAACAAAGAAUCAAACGUAAUUCUGUUUCAACCGUGCAAAUGUGGUUCUCGAGGAGCUGGACUCAAGUGAGGGGGCACUGUUGACAAGGACCUUCGACACUAUCUGAAUUUACGGUUCCAAAAGGGUUCGGUUGACCACGAGCUUCAGCAGAUUAUCCGCGAUAACCUGUAUUUACGGACCGUGCCAUGCACUACAAGGCCACCUAAAGAGGGGGAGGUCCCUGGUGUUGACUACAAUUUUGUGACUGUGGAAGAAUUUAUGGAACUUGAGAAAAGUGGUUCACUAUUAGAAAGUGGAACAUAUGAAGACAAUUAUUAUGGCACGCCAAAACCCCCAGCAGAGCCGAUUCCACUAUUGCUAAAUGUAACGGAUCAGAUUUUGCCUGGUGCCAGACCUAGUUCAGAGGGCAAAAGGAAAAGAAACAAGUCAGUAAGUAACAUGGAAAAAGCUGAAAUUGCUCCCCCUGAAGCAGAGGAAGAAGAAGAAGAAAGGCCUGUUGUCAAUGGAAAUGGAGACACAAUUACACCAGAAUCUAGUGAACAUGAAGACAAAAGCACUGAUGCCUCAGGUGAAAAUUUUUCACAUCCUUGUGCUGCACCAGUCUAUGGCCUUACAAAAGGAACAAAAGAAGAUUUAGUUUCAGAGAAGCAAACCAAACCAGAGGAUGGGGACAAUUUGGGUCCACUGCCUGAGAAUUGGGAGAUGGCAUAUACUGAAAAAGGCGAAGUCUACUUUAUUGACCAUAACACCAAAACAACGUCCUGGCUUGAUCCUCGUUUAGCUAAAAAGGCAAAGCCUCCGGAAGAAUGUAAAGAUAAUGGAGACAAGCUGCAAUCUGGAAACACUGGACAGAAGCUAGAAUUACCAUAUGGUUGGGAGAAAAUAGAUGAUCCAAUAUACGGCACCUAUUAUGUUGAUCACAUAAAUCGAAAAACCCAGUUUGAAAAUCCUGUGCUCGAGGCAAAGAAGAGGUUGCAGCAGCAACAUCCAAUGCAGCAGGAUCUAGUGCCCUACCUUAUGCCAGCAGCAGGUUUCCGAGAAGGCUCAUCAUCAACAUUACCUAGACCCAAACAUACCUGCCCAGGCUCUCUGCCUCAGCGGUCGCACAGUACGAAUGACCUGUCUCAGUAUCGGAGUGACAGUGCUGGAAUGUACAGGCUGUAUGAAAAGCCACUCUUCACUCGAGAUGUUUCACAGCUGAAGGGAACAUUUCUUACAACUUCACUGAAAAAGAGCAGCAUGGGAUUUGGAUUCACUAUUAUUGGUGGUGAUGAGCCCGAUGAGUUUCUCCAAGUGAAAAGUGUGAUACCAGAAGGACCAGCUGCAGUGGAUAGCAAAAUGGAAAUGGGUGAUGUGAUUGUCUAUAUAAAUGACAUUUGUGUCCUUGGGCAUACUCAUGCUGAAGUAGUCAAAAUUUUCCAAUCUGUCCCAAUUGGUCAAUGUGUCAAUCUUGUACUAUGCCGUGGUUACCUUUUACCCUUUGACCCUGAUGAUCCAAACAACAGUAUGGUGCCUCCAAUAACAAUAGUAGACCGACAACCAGUCCAAAUAAAUGGGCGCAAUAAUUCUGACACAUAUGUGGAGUUUAGUUCCCGGACUUCUCGGUCAGCACCAGACAUUUCUGACCGACAUCUACAUUCUUUUAAUCCAAUACCCACUGAUGGCCAGAUGGAUGGAACCUUACCAGCAGUUCAAGAGGAUAGCAUUUCAAUGGCCUCAUCAGGUGCCACUCAGUCUGAAUUCAUGACAAUUGCUAUUGUGAAAGGAGUGCAAGGCUUUGGCUUCACCAUUGCAGACAGUCCUACAGGACAGCGAGUAAAACAGAUCUUAGAUGUUCAAGGAUGUGGUGGCCUUAAUGAAGGUGAUCUGAUUGUGGAGAUUAAUCAGCAGAAUGUACAGAGUUUUGGGCAUGCUCAAGUUGUGGAAAUUCUAAAGGAAUGUUCAGUUGGAGUGGAAACCAUGUUGGUCAUCCAGAGAAGUGGCUUUUUAUCACCCUGGAAGAGUUCGAAACAGACAUUAGAUAGAUGGGAGAAUCAGGGCAGUCCUCGGGCAAACUUCCCAGCACAACCCCUACCACAGACUCUCCCCUUCCAACAAAAUGUCCACAGGGCUUCUUUCCCUGAUUCUUCUGAUGGAUUUGAUCAAAGGAAACCUGACCCAUAUGAAGUAUAUGAGAAGUCGAGAGCUAUCUAUGAGAGUAGGCAGCAAAUGCCACCAAGGACUGCAUUUCGGGCUGAUUCUUCUGGUCCAGAUUACCGUGAGUUAGAUAUCUAUUUACGCAGACAAGAAUCUGGAUUUGGUUUCAGAAUCCUGGGUGGAGAUGAACCUGGUCAACCAAUUCUUAUCGGAGCAAUAAUUACAAUGGGGGCUGCUGACAGAGAUGGCCGGCUUCGCCCAGGAGAUGAGUUAGUUUACGUGGAUGGAAUCUUAGUUACCGGAAAAUCUCACCGUUAUGUGAUAGAUCUAAUGCAUAACGCAGCCCGAAAUGGCCAUGUCAGUCUGACUGUGCGAAGGAAGGUUCUGUCUAUAGGUGGGCCAGGUUCAGAGAAUGGUCGAAGUCCAGGAUCAGUAUCCACACAUCAUAGUUCUCCAAGAAGCGAUUUUGCUGGUCACCCAAACAACAUACAAGCUCCUCCCACUGGUUCCUCACCUGCAGAGAGUUUGGUCAGUCAUGCUGUUCAAGCAAAUGAUGUAAUUAUACAUCGUAAAGAAAGUGAGGGUUUUGGCUUUGUGAUCAUUAGUUCACUAAAUAGGCCGGAAACAGGUGCAACAUUGGUGGCAGUGCCUCACAAAAUCGGACGUAUCAUUGAAGGUAGCCCUGCAGAUCGCUGUGCAAAACUCAAGGUGGGCGACCGCAUCCUGGCAGUGAAUGGGCAAUCCAUCAUUAACAUGCCUCAUGCAGAAAUUGUGAAACUAAUCAAAGAUGCCGGUCUUAGCGUCACACUACGCAUUGUCCCUCAAGAAGACAUGAGUAGUCCUGCUUCUGCACCAGGUUCAGAAAAACAAAGUCCCAUGGCACAGCAACACAGUCCAAUGGCACAACAAAGCCCGACAGCACAGCAAAGCCCUUUAGCACAACAAAGCCCUGGAGCACAACCACCUCCUCCUCCUCUUCAGUCACAAGGACAUAACGGCAGCUACAGGUCAGAAGUAAAAGCAAGACAGGAUGUCAAACCAGAUAUUAGACAACCACCAUUUUCAGACUACAGGCAACCUCCAGCAUCAGAUUAUCGACAACCACCAUCUCUGGAUUACAGACAGCCACCUCUAUUAGACUACAGGCAGCAGCCUCCUGACAACAGGCAGUAUGCAGUGUCUGAAUACAGACAACCACAGGAUUUUGAUUACUUUACGGUUGAUCUGGAGAAAGGUGCCAAGGGAUUUGGAUUUAGUAUUCGUGGAGGACGAGAGUAUAAAAUGGAUCUGUAUGUAUUGCGGUUGGCAGAGGAUGGACCAGCCAUCAGAAAUGGGAGAAUGAGGGUUGGGGACCAAAUCAUUGAAAUCAAUGGAGAAAACACAAGAGAAAUGACUCAUGCUAGAGCGAUAGAGCUGAUCAAAUCUGGAGGGAGAAGAGUGCGGCUCCUGCUUAAAAGGGGUACCGGUCAAGUGCCAGAAUAUGCAGACAACUACAGCUCCUGGAAUGCCUCCACUGCAGGCUCCCCUAGCCUGUCGGAAAUAACCAUGAUCCCUGAUGAUCUGAUAGCACCAUCAUCAUCAUUGCAUUCUGCUCCAACCUGUGAUUCCAUUCACCAGCUACCCCCAGAGACAUUGUGGGACACCAAGAAAGAACGUGACAUUGUGAGAAGGGAGCACUUUGUAGAUCACAAUGAGAGAAGAAAUAGAUCAGAGAGCCCUAGAACAGUAGAUAAGUUGAAGCAGCAUCGAACUUCUAAAAAGAACUUUACAAGGUUCUCUAAGGAAAACAGCAAAAAGAAAGAUGGUGGCAGGACCACCUCUGAAAACAGGGCAACUGGAAGGAAAUGUUUUACAGAGAUUAAACUGGGGGAGGACAAGUUUGACAAGAUAAGCAAUGAGAAACAUAAACGUGGUAGAUCCAUGUCGCCAGCUUCCAGGAGGGGAAGGUCUCCUGGCUUAAAAGAGGAUCACAAAGUUGCAGAUACCACUGAGAGAAAAUUGCUGGAAACACAUAAAAACAAAAUGAAAGCAGAGUUUGGCUUACAGACUAAUACUGGAGAAGUUGGCAAUUUCCACGAAAAUGCCUUAGAACAGGUCAACAAAGACCUUGAUGGAAAACCCCAAAAGAUCUCCAGUGAGGAGCAUCCACAUUCAAAUCUUGCUAUUCAAGGUAAUAACACUGUAUCUCAGAAAUCAACCGUCUCACCUGGGCCAUGGAAAAUCCCUGGUUCUGAUCGAUAUCCUAGUACACUUAAAUCUAGUGUUGCCACCACGGGCAGAUAAACUGUUUAUGUGUUAUUCUCCCCACUGUAGGAUAGACGCAGGAUGUUAUCUCACCAUUUCCUCUAAUCAGAUUAUUUUGUAUUUUUAAACUUAAUUUGAACAGUCACCCAGCCUUAUAAACUGGAAGCAUUUGCAUUAACAAUAUAAUAGGAAUAAUACUCCUUGGGCAAUGAAAUGUUUGGGCAUGAAAGAAUUUUUUUUAAAAAUAAAAAGCAAUGAGCAGUAUUUUGAGGCUUCAAUAAACUGAAGUUGUAUUGCUGCAACACUUGCUAUAGGACCAUUGGCAACAGGACCACUGGAAAACUUGUGAACUGUGUGGAUCAGUGCAGUGUGAUUAUGUUGGUAGCUUAACCUCAGAGAGCAAGAUUGGUGCUUUAGUUUUUUAAAAAUGUAUGAAGGAUUUGCUUCAUCUGUAUGCUGUAGUCACAUGCGUGGUAUCAGUAAUCUUUGUAUAGUGGGGACAUCAGUAGUUAAGAGUCUGGCCUUAAGUAAAACUGCACUGAGGAAAGAGGCACUGAAGUAGAGUGGAAGUCUAAAUGAAGCUGAAUUUUUGUAAAUAUUCAAUUUUCAAACAAAUGUCUAGCCCAGGGGUUAAAGUUGUUCUAAAUAAUGCCAGGGCCUUGUCACCAAGAGUAACACAAGCUAACAUAUUCAAUUUAAAUUGCAUCACAUCUCAAAGCAGUUCAUCCUUGUAUUCAUAUCAGUGAACCAAGCACAAAAAUAGUGUAAGAGUAAUAAAAUAAUGAAAGUGAUUUUUACUUAGGGUGAGCUUGAGCAAGGUUCUGUCUUCUUUAUCCUCUGGUCUAGCCAUAAUCUGAUUUCUUUCAUUAAAAGGUACAGUAUUAUCAGGUUUUGGACAAUGCUUCCGUAUUGUAGUGCACGUACCUGUAUUACUCUCUGGUUUUAGAUUCAUGAAAAAGUGGGAUUACGAUUGCAUAAGCAAACUGUAUUUUGCACAACUCACAGCUGUUACUUGUGCAAUAAUUGCUGUAUGCUAUCUGUAAUCAAAAUGAUCUGUGAACAUGGCACGUCACUUAUCCUUUGGAUCAAUAUUGCUGUGUAGUGUUAGCUGUGAAUUUACCUUGUACAGUAUCUAUAAAUAUGAUUCCAUGUAUUAUUAGUCACAAAGACUAAGUGAGCAACUAUUUUUAUGAAAUGCACCACAAUGGAUAAAUUAACUUUUACAGAAAUCUUGUUUAUGAUAUUCUAUC